AUGCCCAGAGCUGAAGUUGGAACCCAUAAAUGGCUUGCAAACAAGAUGAAGUCCAAAGGACUUCAAAAACUGAAGUGGUACUGCCAAAUGUGCGAAAAGCAGUGUAGAGAUGAGAAUGGAUUCAAGUGUCACCGCCUUUCUGAGGGCCAUCAGAGGAUGAUGCAAGUUUUUUGUCAAAACUCAGGCCGUUUUAUGGAUGGAUUCUCCCGGACCUUUGAAAAUGAAUUCAUGAAACUAAUGAGAACAAGAUAUUGUAAGACAAAGAUAUUGGCCAAUAGCGUAUACCAGGAACUAAUUAGUGAUAAACAACAUGUACACAUGAAUGCUACUAUUUGGGUAACACUCUCCGAGUUUGUUCUAUACCUAGGAAGGAGUGGGAAGUGUAAAGUUGAGCACACCCCCAAGGGGUGGUACAUAGAGUAUAUAGAUCAGGAAAAACUUAAAAGAGAAGAAGAUGAACGUGCGAAGAUGAAGCGAGAGAUAACGCUUGAGCAAAUGCACCAGAGACUUAUCCAGAAACUGGUUGAUGAAGCCAGAGAAAGUGGUGCCUUUGACCGUGAGGAAGAAUACACACCCUUAAUGAAAGACCCUGAUCAAAAGAUUAUAAUAAACACAAACGUAACUACCACAAACACUGAAGAACCAAACAAAGGAGUCAAUGUUUUCAAGCAAUUUUAUCGCAAAAAUAAGUCUUCAAAUGAGAAACAAGAACCUAUAACUUCUAAAACCGAAGGUUCUAAGAGAAAAUCGGAACUGGAAUCAAUAAUGGAGUCUAAUAAAAGAUUUAAAGAGUCUCACUAUGACAAAGCGUUAAAUAAGAAUGGAACUACCCAAGAAACUUGGUUAUGCAAUGACAUAUUAGUCAAGAUUAUUCUCAAAACUCAUGAAAUGUAUAAACAAAAGUUCAAAGUCGUCAAAGUUUCAAAUAAUACUGCAACUUUGGAUACUGGGAAUGGUACUCUUCAAAUCCAGGACAAGUAUUUAGAAACAGUAUUGCCGAGUGUGAAUGGAAGAGUAAAGGUGUUGAGUGGAAGGAAUCGAGGUCUUGUUGGGACUCUGAUAUCAGCUGACCCAGACAAUUUAAAGGUAAAAGUGUCAGUUCAAGGGAAUUUGAUGGAACUAACUUACGAUGAUAUUAGUCAAUAUUUACCCCUCCAGAUUAUCGUUGUAUUCGUUUAUCCACUCCCUAAGUGUUUUAAACUGGCCGAUCUUGUUAAAGUAUCUAAGGUCCUAAUAUAA